UCCGGCGCAGAAGGGAAAGCUUUCUUCUUUCUGAAAGCAGGUCUGCUGAGAUGCGCAGGGCUCCGACACAGCGGAGGUCGCGAGGCUGCUGCUGAAUUACAAUUGGGAUACGAAGCCACCAUGAACGAGGGGCUUUUUUUCGUGUAUUACGAAUUACCGCACGUUUAAUUAAUUGAAGCUCUCUUCUUGGGAGGAUUUUGCCCUCUGGUCUCACGCAGGAAUGUUUUUUCUCGGCUUGGUUUUGCUACAGAGGACCACGGAGACCUCGGAAGGCAUCGGUCAUGCUCUCUGGCUUCUCUCUGGAAUGUGAUGCAGUCUUGUGUUGUUGUACCUGCACCUCUGCACACAUCUGUACACCAGAUGUUUAAGCAGUUUGCGCUUCACUUCAGCCAGUGAGAACCCUGAUCCCCUCAGGGUUCUGCUUUAGACACCUAAACAGAGGUGCAGUGGCUCCCCCUGAUGGUACCUGGUGUAAUCUGAUCUAGGAGAGGCCCAUGCUCGUCUGCUGCUGACUUGCUAGAAAUGCAACCAUUGGCUCUACACCUCAAGAAAACACAUGGCUGAUACGGCAAGGUGAGGGCCCUGCUGGGAGCGUGAGUUGUAAAGUCCCCAGAAUUACAUCACAUGGAGGUCAAAGGACAUCUGAUCACAUCCAUGGGUUUGGGGGCUCCUGAUGUUCAAGGCUGCCCGGACAGCAAGCUGCAGGCUGAGAGGAUUGCGGCUCUACAAGAGAGGAAGCAGGCCCUGGAGGCUCUCCUCAACACCAGAGUGGGAGAGCUCAAACAAGUCUGUUUGCAGGAAGCAGAGCUGACUGGGAAGUUGCCACGUGUUUUCCCUCUGGAGACGGGAGAGAAACCCCCAGUGGUGCAGCGCAGACUUGGCCUGGCGCCCAAUGCCAAGGCAGAGGAUGAGGCUGCCCAAAGAAAGCAGAUGAAAGACAUCUUCACUGGUGCUCUGUACAGAAACUCAGAAUCAGGCCGAAAUGUCCCAAAUAGCAAGAGGACAGUUCAUCGGGGGUGUCACACAGAGGACACUGUCAUGUCAGAGAGUACAAGCUCCAUGUCAGAUUCAACAUCCCAUGACAAUGAAGAGUCUUCUCCCAGUGUGGCUGCUGACCAGCGCUCUCUGUCUCAGCCCCGGCUCACUGUGGGCAGCCCUGACCACAGGAUCAGCAGGAAGUUGUCGCCAGUUGAGAUUUACUACGAGAUGAGGACACGCCGCAACUCUGUAACAAGCUCUGUUAGCCCAACUCACUCUUUACCAAGAAGUGCAUCUAACGUCGAGGGUAGAAGUGUUCCCGCUACUCCUCUCUUGGCCCGAACUGCUCCAAUCAGCGUUCACGUCAGGUCGGAUGCGUCGGGUGGUAACGGGUUGAAGCAGUGGUCGGGCAGUCUGGAUGUGCCCUAUAUGAUUCCACUGGCCCAGGAGGGCUCUUCUUCUGACCGCCGAGGCUGCCCUUACAGCUCCCGGGCCAGGCGCAGUAAUAGCUCAGAGGCCCUGCUGGAUCGGUCGAGCCUCCCUGAUGAUCCUGCUCCGAGAAACGGGAUGCCUCCCAGAGGAGGGCCCUACAAGAGCUCAGAGACACUGACUGAUGGCAAGCUGCGACACAUUCACCUGGGCAGCCCUGAGAGACAUGCUGAUGGCUCUGUGGAACAAGCUAAAAUGCGUCUGUCCAUGGGCAGCAGAGGGGCUGGUGGAGGCUACAAUGAGCUAUUGAUGGACUAUAUCUGGGGGAAACAGCAGAGGAUGCAAAUGCAGCACCACCUGUACCAGUCCACAGGCAGGAUCUGGCAGGACAUGUCCUCUCCUCGUUCCUCGACUGCGGCGGCACCCCCCCAUGUGAAUGGCUUUUCCCAUUCCCAGGUGCACCUCCCUAGCGCUGCCCCACCUUACAGCCCCAUGGUCCUCCGAGGGUCCCAAGCUGAGCUGCGCAGGGUCAAAGUCACCAGAACCAAAUCUUGCGGACCCUUUAUUCCUUUGCAGCAACAUCCCCAGGAUGCCAUCCUGCUGUCAGCGUACGAGUCUCCCCUUCCUGCCUCUGGCACCACCACAUCCUCCAUACCCAACCUACAUCCUUACCAGACCGAGCUGUCUGGCCCCUCCUUCAGCCGCAGACCCCCACAGUUCUCUCUCCCGACCCCAGAGGACUCAACGCGAAGCUUGCAUAAAGCCCUGGCUCUGGAGGGACUGAGGGACUGGUACCUGAGGAACGCCCUCGGCUAUCCUCCUGCUGCCUCAAAGGGCCACGAGGCAGGGAUAUCUCGCCUCUCGCACCCCCACCCUCUAGUGCACCAGGCCCAGUCUGUUCAAGGUGAACCAGCCAACCUCCACAGGUCUCAGAUGCCCCAGUCAGCCAGCUUUCACGGUCACCCGCUGCAUGGAAGGUCGAUGGAGUUCUCUCUCUAUCAGGACACUCCUCAGCCACAGAUGCAAGAGGUGACCCCAAAGGAACCCAGUGCAGACCCAGGCACCUUAGUCUGAAGCAGCAGAACACACACACACACACACACACACACACACACACACACAGUACAUUUUAUGAGCAACAACACUGUAGCCUCACACACACAUCACUAAGACUCACAUAGUCACACAGUCAAGUUGAUACAAUGUGACCUCAACAGCAAAGCAAAACACGGCAACCUCAGCAGAAAGAGACUGGAAUAAAUGACAAACUGUAGCUGUACAGCGUGAAAAGGCCUUGGCAAGUUCCCCGUGUUAUAACUUAUCCCACUUAUACAGUAUCUAAUAACUUGGUCAUGCUGUACUUCAUAUAUUUCUGGUCCUACACGAGCAGUAAAAUCCUUGCUAAUAGCCCUGAAAAGUCUCCCGAGAUAUAAUUUUUUACAGAAUAUAUACAACUCUAAAUUACUAUUUUGUAUCUUCUGUGAUAUAAAGAACAGUUAUAUUAAAGAGGUAAUUUAUUGCUCAUUAAUCGUAUGAUAUACAAAGAUGUUAUAUGAGCUCACAUCAUUUCAAAAGUAUUAGUACAUGCCGGUGAAUGUGUGUUACUAUGUAAACUAUGUAAAAUGCAGAAACAUGCUUCAGUCUUCAUCCGCCAUUAAUUUCGCAGCCAUUUGUACUUUUCACGUUUGAUACAGGAAGGGCCAUGAACUGUAGCGUACUGUUGUAGCACGCAGGAGUGCCUAAAUGUUUUAGGCAUUGGUUAGGCACUGGUGAGAAAAGUAAAGUACUUUCUAAUAAUGUGAAAUGCUAGCAUUAAAAUCUUGUAAGGAAAAAUUGAAAGCAAUUCACGAUGUCAUGAAAUUAGGGUACUUGGAAUGAUGUCAUAUAUAUUGAGAUUUGUCAAUUUGUUUUCUAUAUUCAGCUCGGUGCUGGCUGAUACAUGCGGCUUUCUCUGUGCUGACCUUGACAGAAUAAUUAGACCAGUUUUAGGGUAAACUUGAGGGUUGUUGUGAGACCUGCUGUAUGGCAGUAGCACAUGACUAUAUGCCAAUAAUUUACUCGUAUCAAAUCAGUUUUUCUGUAUUUAGUUGUGGAGGAUUUGAAAGUCGUAUGGAGCACUUUAUGAACAUCUUAAGCCUUAAUUCCCUAUAAAAGUGUCUCCAAGAGAGAUGACAGACAAUAGGAAUGUUUUGACAGGGUUUAUAAUUGGGAAACAUUAAGAAAAGUGAGUUUUGUCAACAUCUACUGAAGGUCUAUCUGAGUGUUAGUCUGUAUAUAGUGUGGAUUGUACUGAUGAGUUUGAAGCUGAUAUUCUAUUCCCGUACUAACAAUGUAAUUUUUAAACUAACCACAUAAUAUGUAUUUAAUCAAAAUAACCUGCCCAACUCAUUCCACCCCCAAGUGAGCACUAUUUAAUUGGUUGUAAAAAGUGAGAUUGGUGGUGUGAACAGAAUAGGGCUGCUGCAGUUUUGAAUGACGGUGUGAGCAGGUCUCACACCAGUACAUUUGGUAAUGAGAAUUCAUGCAGGCUGAUUUUUGUAUUUGUCAUGAUUUCAACUCAUUUCAUGUGUAUGGUUUUGUGUUGUUUGUAAAAACUUUACAUUUUUUAAAAUCAGAGUAGUGAUGUGUGAAAUAUAUUCUGAUAUAAUUUAGCAACCAGAGUCUUGAUAGCGUUCUACAAUGGAAACUUCAGAAAAAUCUGAAUAAUAACUGAAGUCCUCUUAGUGUAAACAGAACUUAACAUAUUUUUUUAAAGUAUUUUUUUCCAUUUAAUGUACUUGAUCUUUGGCCAUCUUGGGACUCAUUUGAAUGUAAUUCUUUACGUUUGUCAUAAGUGAUGUUGUUUUCUACUUUGUUACAAACUGUAGCACACUGUUGAAUGUUACCUGGUUUCUUCUGGUGUGUUCACGUCCUCUCAGUAUCCAGUUUCAUACUGCUUCUUCCAGCUGGUUAAAGCCUAAAAUCAAAGACCAAACUGCUGUGCACUGGGGGUCAUAAAUGUAUUUUUCAUAAAAUGUAAUGUAAGUUGAAAAUUAAUGAGCUAAAUUCAGCUCUGAAGCAAAUUUAUUCAAACUAUAUUCUAUUUAUGAACCUAUAACAUUUUGUAGCUAUCUACUGUAGCUCUUUCUCAUCAGUGUGAGAACUGGUAAUGUGUGUUAAAAACAUUUUUUCAGCAGUGUGAUGUGUUAAUAUUUUAAUAUUUUAAUUUUAAUUUUUAAGUGCAGUUGUUUUCUGUUUCUCUCAUCUCUUUAUAUCCAGGCCUAUAUGAAAUAAGACUAGACAGGCCUGUCCUAUACUGUAUGUAUGAGAUUGUGCAUUCAUUCUACUUAAUAAAGUGUCAUGUUCAAAUCAA